CAAUCGUACCGUCCAUUGAUCCACGCGACAGUCCUAGCCAGUCAAUGGCUCAGUCAGGCACGGUCGAGGUGCCGCCCGUCGGCGGUAGAGUGUGCUGGGAGCGACUGAUAGCCCUCGUACAAGACCGGCCGCCACUCUACGACUAUUCCCACCCGGCCCACUGCAACCGCGAUGUUACCGGCUACAUGUGGUCACAGAUCGCUGCCGAACUGGGCACGACAGAGAUAAUUUGCAAAACUAAAUGGGCCAAUCUACGAAGCAACUUUGUUCGAGAGUUCCGGCGUAUUCGUCCAUCAAGUGAUGGUACUCUUUGGGCACCCCAAUGGCCCCUCUUUAAACCAUUAAUGUUUCUCUUACCCUUCCUUAAAAAAAGAGGGUCUGCAGGAAGUUUUGAGGAACCAACAAUAAUAACAUUGGAAGAUUUUCAGGAGUCAAAGAAACAAAUUGACAAUGUUUCCACAGAACAUGUGCCAAAGAAGAUUCGAAUUGAUUCAAGUAUUCCAGCCGAAGAGGAGAACAAUGACGACAAGUUGUUUAUGUUAAGUUUAGUUCCAAAAAUGAGACAUUUGCCAAUGGUGGAAAACAUUAAAUUUCGAAUAGAGGUUCAACAGUUGCUUCUGAACAGGUUAUGUCAAUUUAGUGAGCAAUCUGACCCAGCGGAAACUGUGCAAGUAAUGCUUGACGAAGACAAUGAUGAGAGUGAUUUUCAAGAAUUAUCUGUGAAAGCUGAAUGAAGUGAGUGAUAUCAGUUAAAAGAAACACACUUCCUUGACCAGACAGUACAAAUACUUUCAUUGCAAUACUAAUAUUUACAAUUUUUAUACAAGCUACUACAAUCAGACUUUUUCUCACUUUGUAAUUUCUUAUUCAUUAACACAUAUAAUAUAAGUUUUGCUAAAUGAAAACUCA